AUGAGCUCUUCCCACCUAAACAACAGAGCUGAGAGCCAUUUCCAUGCACAAGAAGAGCAUGAACUGGAAAAUCUGGGGGGAAAAGCAUGGGACAAUCCUGUUUACAAUGGCUCACCUUCCUCCUCACUGAAAAUCAGGGCUAUCUACAACCCCAAAUCCAUCCUGGAAAAUCCCUAUGAAAAUAUUGAGAAACUGACUGACUCCCUUCCCUACAAAAAGGAAACCAAGAACACUGCGGAAGUGAUGAUGAAGAAGAAGAAGAAACCUUUUCCUGGAUGCUGCUUCUAUAUCUUCAAAGGCAUCCGAGGACUUUGGGGCACAACUCUGACUGAAAACACUGCUGAGAAUCGAGAGCUUUAUGUAAAGACCACACUGCGCGAACUACUGGUCUAUAUUGUAUUCUUGGUGGAUAUCUGUUUAUUGACCUAUGGAAUGACCAGUACAAAUGCCUAUUACUACACCAAAGUGAUGUCUGAACUUUUCUUGCAAACCUCUUCUGACAAUGGUGUCUCCUUCCAGACUAUUGGAAGCAUGACUGACUUUUGGGAAUAUACACAAGGCCCUUUACUGGAUAGUUUGUACUGGACCAAAUGGUACAACAAUAAAUCUCUUUGCCACAAUGCUCAGUCAUAUAUCUACUAUGAGAACUUGCUGCUUGGUGUCCCACGACUGCGCCAACUGAAGGUCCAGAACAACUCUUGUGUGGUGCAUGAUGACUUCAAGGAAGACAUUUCUGGUUGUUAUGAUGUGUACAGUGAGGACAAAGAGAACAGAUCUCCUUUUGGACUCUUCAAUGGAACAGCGUGGCAGUAUUACACAGAGGAAGAACUUGAUGGUUCCUCUCACUGGGGCAGAUUAACGAGUUACAGUGGAGGAGGGUAUUACAUAGAUCUCGAAAUGACCCGGGAGGAAAGUGCAGAAGCUCUUCAAGUCUUGAAAAAAAACUUGUGGUUGGAUCGUGGAACUCGCGUGGUUUUUAUUGACUUCUCUGUGUAUAAUGCCAACAUCAACCUCUUCUGUGUGCUCAGGUUGGUGGUUGAAUUCCCAGCCACGGGUGGUGCCAUCCCCUCAUGGCAGAUCCGAACAGUAAAGCUCCUCCGGUAUGUCAGCACUUGGGAUUUCUUCAUCGUCUCUUGUGAGAUCGUCUUCUGUGUCUUUAUCUUUUACUACAUUGUGGAAGAGAUCUUAGAACUGCGCAUUCACAGGCUUCGGUACUUCACCAGCAUCUGGAACAUCUUGGAUAUAGUUGUCAUAUUGCUUUCUGUUGUAGCCAUCGGAUUCCACAUCUUUCGCACAAUUGAAGUCAACCGUUUGAUGGGGCAGCUGCUGAGAAACCCCAGCGUCUAUGCAGACUUUGAGUUCCUGGCUUUUUGGCAGACGCAGUACAACAAUAUGAAUGCUGUGAACUUAUUCUUUGCCUGGAUCAAGAUAUUCAAAUACAUUAGCUUUAACAAAACGAUGACACAGCUCUCCUCCACAUUAGCCCGCUGUGCCAAGGACAUCCUUGGCUUUGCCAUCAUGUUCUUCAUUGUCUUCUUUGCCUACGCACAACUGGGAUACCUUCUUUUUGGAACCCAAGUGGAAAACUUCAGCACCUUUGUUAAAUGCAUCUUCACGCAAUUUCGAAUCAUCCUUGGGGACUUUGACUACAAUGCUAUCGACAAUGCCAACAGGGUCUUGGGGCCUAUAUAUUUUGUCACCUAUGUGUUCUUUGUCUUCUUUGUGCUAUUGAAUAUGUUCCUGGCUAUUAUCAACGACACCUAUUCUGAAGUCAAAGAGGAGCUUUCAAACCAGAAGAACGAAUUGCAGCUAUCAGACAUCCUGAAACAGGGCUAUAACAGGACACUGAUGAAACUGAAGCUGAAAAAAGACCGGAUCUCUGAUGUGCAGAAAGCUUUGCAGAAAGGAACCAAGGAGCUAGAAUUUGAGGAUUUUAAGAAUAGCUUGAGAAAGCUUGGUCACGCUGAGCAUGAGAUCUCAGCAGCCUUUGCAAAGUUUGAUAAAGAUGGCAACCAGAUACUUGAUGAAGAGGAGCAGAAGAAAAUGCGAAAUGACCUGGAGGAGAAGAGAGUUGCUCUGAAUGCAGAAAUUGAAAACCUGGGGAAAUCCUUUAGUGGAAACCGUUUGGAAGACACUCUUGCCUUUGCAGAUGCAAAGAACAACCAACCUGACAAAAGUAGCUUGGUGUCCGAAGAAGAAUUCCAAAUACUCCUGCGACGGGUGCUGCAGUUGGAGUAUUCCAUUGGCAGCAUCAUAUCCAAGACGGAAGCCUUAGUGGUUAAGCUGGAGGGCUUGGAGAGAAGCAACCUAAAGAACAAAGAUUCAGCAUUGGAGGUAUUUAAGCAGGAAGAACAACUCAGCCAAGAAAGUCUGGUCCCUCAGAACACUGAGUGGGUCGCCAAGGAAAAAGGCGAAUUAGAGGUGGCACGUGUGCAGCAGAAUGUCGGCGUGGACUCUGUGAAUGCUUGCAAUGCUGUCUACCCCAUUUGCCCAAGACAGAGCACCUAGACUGUCCGACAUACAAGAACAUCUCGCUACAAUCUAAUAGAAACUUCUAGCUUAUUUCUGAAUAAUCAUAGUACCAUUCCUGCUGUUUCACUACUUUCAGGCCAGCCAGGGCCAAACUGGUAUCCAACACGGCCCUUGCCCCUCGGCUGACUGUGUCGCGCCAAUGCAACUGAAAAGUUGUGCUUCCUAGGGCGACGCUGGAAACAAACGGUUUAUUCCCAGUUCAGCACAGGCCAGCGGAGUGCCCUUAGUCAAGCUCCAUGGACCUGUCCCUUUCGAGAAAUGAGCUCCCAGUUCAUUUCAAAGGUUGCUUUAGGAAGUGCCACCUUCCCAUUGUGCUGGAGGUGGGUCCUGCACGCAUUUGGGAAGCACUGGAUACUGCCCAGGGACUAAACUCAGGGUUAUCUAUUUGGUUACAUGCAAUGAACUGCAAUGUAACAGCUCAAAUACAGCCCUUGGGGUUUAGGAAGUAUUUCAAAUCUGGAUCCAAAUUUUGAAGCUGGCUUCUGCAUUUUUGAAAUUGACCCCAGUCCUGGCCAGAUCUGAAUCCUCAAGUGAAGCCUGGAAUUUGGACUUCUAAUUUUGCACAAAAUGUUUUUUUCUCUACAGGUUUUACUUCAAUACAGAGAAAUUGUAUGUCCCUUGCAUAUAAAUAAAAGUAAUGGACUGCUAUGUAUUGUAGGUGCUGUAAAAAUAAAAACACUUUCCACACCUCUUUCAAGGAAAGGACAAGGAGAAUGUGUGGCAUAGACAAAGGAGCAUGUAAAACUUCCUUCUGAGGAAGGAGAUUCCCACCACAUAAACACGUGGCAAGCUGCGGGGCUGCCUAGAUGGUGCCACGCUGCCACCGCCUUAAGCAAAAGCGCGUUCUCUGCUGUGGGGUGGCAGCAGCUAAUCCUGAUGCAGAGGGAGGGGGCAGGGUUUCUGGCAGCCAUUGGCUCGCCAGGCCCGCCUUCUGCCCAAGCGGACGGUGACUAAUCAGGGGUUACUAUCCGCCCGGGAAUGCCUCCACUACAACAGCAGAGUGAGGAUAGACGGCGGUUGUGCCAUACUCACCUCGCUCCAGGGGGGAAAGCCAGGGUGAGUCCCUGCCUUUUUCAGUCGCAGCUUCCCAGGAAAGCCCUGCGACAGUUGCGAGGUGGCUGCUGCAUCAUAUAAUCAAUGCCACGCCACCUCUCAGCUAUCGCGGGGCUUUCAGACCAUCUAGUCCCAGCUAUCUAUUUUGCCAUGUGUACAUGUGAUGGGAAUCUCGUGCCUUAGAAGGAGGACGUAUAUGCUUCCUUGUCUAUUUGACACCUUCUCCUUGUAUAUUUCUUGAAACAGAAGUGGCAGAUGUUUUAUAUUUAUAGCUCCCAGAACACAUGCCAGGCCAUUAUAUUUAUUAAAAUAUACAUUGACACUUUACAGAAUGACCAAAAAUAAUUGAUUUAAAUGCAAAAGUGACUGCUAAAUGUCUAGUAUAAUCUUUCUUGCAUUCAAAUCAGACAUGUUCACUUAACUGUACUGGUCUUCUCGCAUAGCUUUAGCUAAUUUUCAGAAUUACCAUUUUAUUCCACUUUUUAUUCCACUCAAUUUUCCACUGAGAAUUAGUUCUACAAAAUCUUUUCUGACAAGUGAUUUCAAAUAACCCAGGAUUUAUGGAGGCAGUUUUUAUCGUAGAAUUUCAUAUGUUGUUUUUAUUCUUCUCUCCCAAUAGAGCCCAAAGACAUAUUUAUUUAUUUAUUACAUUUAUAUACCGCCCCAUAGCCGAAGCUCUCUGGGCGGUUUACAUAUGCAGUCCUGUGUACAUGAAACAUUGCACCCCAGGGCUGGACUCAUUCCUGCCCCUUGCCAUCUUAUUUUCCUGGGUCCCUCUGACUCCUUCUUAGCCCCGGUGCUUCCUAACACAAAGUCUACUUGGCUUGCUCUCCAGUUGGGUGUUUUGCUUGUGAAAACCACCAUCAGCUUAAGGCACCUUCAUGUACUCUGUAGAUUAGUUGUUUGCAUUGACCCAAUACAACUCCACUCAGUCACGUCUUGGACAUAACCUCUGUCGUGUAUGUGAACCAGUACAUGCAUAUCAAAGAUGCUUGGUGAAUAGAUUAGAUCUGACAACCUCUUGUGUGAUGCGUGAUGACUGUCUCUCAAGGUUAGUGUUAAGACCUUCGUCCUAUAUGACUAUUGCUAUGCGUAUUGUGAUCACCUACUAUACUUUCCAUUGUGACUUCUUGUAUUCCAGUGAUAAUAUUAUACUUCUGGUUCUAAAGCAUCAUGUAACUUGAAAGAAGUAAAGUAUUUUUC